AUGGGGUUGGGGGAGGGCUUAGAGAUGAUCCUCAAGGACAAAAAUGGGUUGUCUCCGGAUGAAUCGCACUUCCUCAAAAAUAGCAAGACCGCACGCUGUUGAGCAGCUGUUCCCAUCCUAAAGGUUGCCAAGAGAGUGAUCUUACUAUCAGGCACGCCAGCCAUGUCCCGGCCAUCAGAGCUCUACACGCAGAUCGUUGCUGUCAAGCCGACAUUCUUCCCUCAGUUUCAUGCCUUUGGACUUCGCUACUGUGAUGCCAAACGGUUAUCCUGGGGCUGGGACUACUCGGGCUCCUCCAACCUGGGAGAGCUGAAGCUCCUGCUGGAGGAAGCCAUCAGGCUGCGCCGCCUCAAAUCUGAUGUCCUUUCCCAACUGCCUGCCAAACAGCGCAAGAUGGUAGUAGUUGCCCCAGGACAGAUCAGCGCCAAGGCCAGGGCUGCCCUGGAUGCAGCAGCCAAGGAAAUGACCACUGACAAAACUAAACAGCAGCAGAAAGAAGCCCUCAUUGUCUUCUUCAACAGAACUGCUGAAGCCAAAGUCCCAUGUGUCAUUGAAUAUAUCCUAGACCUUCUGGAAAGUGGAAGAGAGAAGUUUCUAGUGUUUACACAUCAUAAGGUGGUUCUGGAUGCAGUUACAAAUGAACUUGAGAGAAAGCACGUACAGCAAAUCCUCAUCGAUGGCUCCACACCCUCAGCCGACGGAGAAAAGCUGUGCCAGCGGUUCCAGCUGUCUGAGGGACACUCAGUGGCAGUGCUGUCUAUCACUGCCGCCAACAUGGGCCUCACUUUCUCCUCAGCUGACCUAGUGCUGUUUGCCGAGCUCUUUUGGAACCCAGGGGUGCUGAUCCAGGCUGAGGACCGAGUGCACCGCAUUGGACAGACAAGCUCCGUGGGCAUUCACUACUUGGUUGCAAAAGGCACAGCGGAUGACUACCUUUGGCCCUUGAUUCAAGAGAAGAUUAAAGUUCUAGGAGAAGCUGGCCUUUCUGAGACCAAUUUCUCAGAAGUGACAGAAGCCACUGAUUACUUCCACAAGGGUUUCAUCUGGCUCUGGAGUUAA